AGAUGCUGCUCUCGAGGACUUCAUUAAAGAAAUAAUUGCUGCAAACAACAGAGGUGUAUCUGCUGUUGGAAAUGUUACCAUGGAACCGAACUGGAGCUUUGGUCAAUCGAUAUUCUUCUCUAGUACGGUCAUUACCACGAUAGGUUACGGCCAUGUGGCUCCAUUAUCGGAAGGAGGCAAGAUUUUUUGUAUCGUUUAUGCUCUCAUUGGAAUUCCACUUACUUUAAUUCUACUUACGGCAUAUGUAGAAAGGCUACUUAUUCCUACAACGCUUUUUCUUCAGUUUCUGAAUUCCAGACUGGGCCAUUUGUACCAACCAUUUCACAUUCGAAUUGGUCACUUAACCUGCAUUGGGCUCGUUGUUUUUUCAUUUUUCUUCCUUAUCCCUGCUGGAAUCUUCUCAUACAUAGAGCAAGACUGGAACUACUUAGAUGCAAUUUAUUACUGUUUCAUCUCUCUCACAACAACAGGUUUAGGCGAUUUAAUACCAGGAGAUAACCUUCAUCAGCAAUAUCGACCACUCUAUAAAGUUUGCACUACAGGUUAUCUACUAGUAGGUUUGACAUUUAUGAUGCUCUUCCUGGCGGUACUUUACGACAUACCUCAAUUAAAUUUCGGAAUGUUCUUUUUGAUGAAAAGUGAUGGAACAUCAGAUCCGGAAAAAAUGAGAUUACAUCCAUCAACGGGAUUAUAUGGUCCAAAAUACACGCAACAUAUCGAUGAGCCAACAAUUCGGCACGUUAAAGCAGUCCCACAUCCACAAUCUUCAUCUCCAGAAGAUAAUCCGUAAUUUCAAAAAUCAGGAAAGAUAUUCUUACUUCUGCGUGCACAUACGUUUCAAAAUCGACAGCCGUUUAAUUAUGUAAAACGUUAUGGUGCACAGCAUAUCUUCGUGGAAGGAAAGCACGAUUAAUAAAUACUUACACUUCUACAAAUAAGAUGCCAUUUCUCUGAAAUUAGGAGUUCAAUUGCCGUGCUUUCCUCAACUUUAAGAACUGAAAUUUAAUUCAAAGAGGGAAUAUAUAUUCCCUUUAAGCCUCUUUGCAACGACUGACACUUCAUUUUCAAGAUAUUUAUUUGUAAAUGAUGCAAUUCAUUUUCAUGCAAAAUCUAUGGACACCUUCUUGUGUUCAUUGAUGACCUAUUCGUAGGUCUUAUGUGCUUGGACAGCACAUUACUAGGGACUUUUCAUUUAGCAAGUUUUCAAAUAAGAUUUAAAAAUGUUAAAAUUGCUCUUCCAGGUAAAACACCCAGACUAGGAAAACAUUAGCAGAAGAAACAAAGGACCAUGAAAGUAUUAUGUUUCAUAUUAAAACAUUACAAGAAUUCAGAUAAUUUAAUGUGUCCUUUAUAGUCUUAAUAAUGCAUUAAACAUCAAUAUUUUAAAACAGUGUGCAUUGUAAAAUAUUGAAUGGAACAGAAAGUAAAGCGAUAAUUUUAUUUUUCCGAUAAAUUGCAUAACGGCCUUCUUUUCAAAAGUGAGAUAAAAAAUAUUACAUUAGCACAGAACCUAAGUUGGAUUCUAAUUUAGAAUUAGUUCCUUACUCUUGACUGACCAAAAGUACUGAACUGUUAAUUUGAACUGGCAUUAUUUGCCUUUGCUCGCAAAUGGGAAUUUAAAUUAAAUAAACGAGAAGUUUUAUAUAUAUAUAUAUAUAUUUUAUUCAUAAAGAUAUAUGACACACAUUUCCUUAACCCUCCCCUCCGAAACAAAAAUCUCGGGAAAUUUAGAUAAUUAACAGAAAUUAGAUUUUUAUGUAACCUUACAUAUGACAUUUCCAUUACUGCAAGAAAUACUUUUCGAAUCUGUCAUCUUUGAAAGCUUCGAACAGUAGAAUUUCUUUAUUUUUGUAUGUAUCGUACACAUACCUUUAUCUAAACAAUGAUCGGGAAUGUAUUGCAGCUAGGAAAUUGAAUUUAAAACCGAAGAAAGGAAGCACGUAGAAUAACGGAUGAAAAGCAUUAUAAAAAUUAAUGCUUGCUAAAAUAACAAAACAAUUAUCUGGAAGAGCUAAACAAUAUUUCCUUCUUGUAUGUGUGUGAUGUGCACUAUAAAUUUAUAUGUUUUCAUGUCUUUUAUCGGUGUUUCUUUCAUAACUAAAAUAAUGCACAGCUAAAGUCAGAGUCCAUUCAGAGCUUCAGUUCUCUUUGCAUUAUAAACGAAGACUGAUGGAAACUUUCCUUUUCUCGUGCAUGCAUGUGCAAAUUUUUAAGUGUAAAGAAUUAGUGAUAUAUAUUAUGCCUUGUAACAGAACUGCAACAAGGAAAAAUAUAUAUGCUGAAUUUAUAAUUUAUAUUCUAAAUCAGCAUAAUUUACAUUCAUAGUAAAAGACGUUAUUUGCUGUUUGUUGUAACUUAAGAAAAUUAUAUAUAUAUAUAUGAUUGAUGUUGUUCAAAUAAUGUGAAAUUUUUAAAGUUUAUGGACGUUUCAACUGUAUGUAAUUAUAAUAACUAGUCAACUAAUUUUUAAAGCUUCGCAAAGUUAAUGCAAAGCUUUAAUAACAACUUGUACAAAUGUGUUUAAUAUUCAAAUCUUCCUCAACACUAGGGAGAAUUUUAUGCAAUAAAAUAACAGCACAUCGAAAUUCAUGUAAUCAAAAUAUUUCUUAUUAUAAUAAAUUAAUAACGGAA